UUUGGAUAACCUGAUGACAAUGUGCCUAGGUGAAGAUCUUUUUGCGAUGAAUUUCCCAGGUGUCCUUUGUGCUUCUUGUAUUUGGCUGUCUAGGUCUCUAGUGAGGCCGGGGAAGUUUUCCUCGAUUAUUCCCCCAAAUAUGUUUUCCAAGCUUUUAGAAUUCUCUUCUUCCUCAGGAACACCAAUUAUUCUUAGGUUUGGUCGUUUAACGUAAUCCCAGACUUCUUAGAGGCUUUGUUCAUAUUUUCUUACCCUUUUUUCUUUGUCUUUGUUGGAUUGGGUUAAUUUGAAGACCUUGUCUUCGAGCUCUGGAUUUCUUUCUUCUACUUGUUGAAUUCUAUUGCUGAGACUUUCCAGAGCAUUUCGCAUUUCUAAAGGUGUGUCCAAAGUUUCCUGAAUUUUUUAUUGUUUUUUCUUUAUCUAUUUCCCUGAAUGAUUUAUCCCUUCACUUCUUGUAUCAUUUUUUGGAUUUCCUUACAUUGGGCUUCACCUUUCUCUGGUCCUUCCCUGAUUAAUAGCUAACCUCCUGAAUUCUUUUUCAGGUAAGUCAGGGAUUUCUUCUUGGUUUGGAUCCAUUGCUGUGAACUAGUGCAUUUUUUGGGGAGUGUUGAAGAGUCUUGUUUUGUCAUAUUACGGGUGUUGGUUUCUGGAUCCUUCUCAUUUGGGUAAGCUCUGUCAAGAGGGAAGGUCUAGGGCUGAAGGCUGUUCCGAUUCUUUUGUCCCAUGGGGUGUUCUCUUCGUGUAGUACUCUGUCCCUUUUCCUAUGGAUGUGGCUUCCUAUGAGCCAACUUACUUGCAGUGAUUGUUGUCUCUCUUCUGGGUCUAGCCACCCAGCGAGUCUUCCCAGUUCUGGGCUGGUACUGGAGGUUAUCUGCAGAGUCCGGUGAUGUGAACCGUCUAUGGGUCUCUCAUCCAUGGAUACCAGUGCCUGUUCGGUGGAGGUGGCCGAGGGUACAAUGGACUCCAUGAAGGUCCUUAGCUUUGGUGGUUUAAUGGUCUGUUUUUUUUCUGGUUGGCCUCCUGCCAGGAGGUGGUGCUUUUCAGAAAGCAUCAGCUGUGUUAGGGGAGGAACCAGCAGUGGGCGGAGCCCUAGAACUCCCAAGAUUAUUUGCCCUUUGUCUUCCUGCCAGGGUGGAUAGGGAAGGACAAUCAGGUGGGGGUGGAGCUAGGCGUGUCUGAGCUCAGACUCUCCUAGGGCAGGUCUUGCUGAGGCUGCUGUAGGGAAUGGGGGUGAGAUUCCCAGGUCACUGGAGUUCUGUACCUAGUAGAGUUGUGGCUGCCUCUGCUGAGUCAUGCAGGUUGUCAGGGGGAAGUGGAGGAAAGCCAGCAGUCACAGGCCUUACCCAGCUCCCACACAAACCGAAGGGCCGGUCUUACUCCCACCGUGUCCCCCAACAACUGCCCUGAGUCUGUUUCCAGGCAGAGGGUGAGACUGGCCUGAAAAUUUGCCCGAGGCUGUUCGCCUCCCAGCUGCAAAAGAAAAGGGCUGCAGUUCUUGCCCCACCUGUGAAGUCUGCAUGCCGGAUUCGUGCCCUUCCCUGAGUUCUGGCCAGGAGCCUUCUUGCCCUGUUUAAAUUAUUAGAGUUCGACUAGAAAUUUUGAAUUCCUUCUCCCUGUGGAGUUUUACCCCCUGCUCCUCUGGCCAACCUCCCUCUGGAUCCCUGUGGUGUCAGGCAGGAAUGGGCUGCCUGGGGACCCAGCAAGCUCCCACUGCCCUUCUGCUGCUUCCUCUUCCCCUGUAUUUCGCUCGCCUGAGUCUGACUUAGCUCCAGGUCCUCAGCCAGCAGAGCCAUGUUCCUCAAGAGCACCACGGGUUUAUUUCAUUUUCCUACAUCACUGACCCGAAUAUGCCGGGCGCCAUGGGGACUCCGGCUUUGGGAGAAGCUGACGUUGUUAUCCCCAGGAAUAGCUGUCACUCUGGUCCAGAUGGCAGGCAAGAAGGACUACCCUGCACUGCUUUCCUUGGAUGAGAAUGAGCUCGAAGAGCAGUUUGUGAAAGGACACGGUCCAGGGGGCCAGGCAACUAACAAAACCAGCAACUGUGUGGUGCUGAAGCACAUCCCCUCAGGCAUCGUUGUAAAGUGCCAUCAGACAAGAUCAGUUGAUCAGAACAGAAAGCUAGCUCGGAAAAUCCUACAAGAGAAAGUAGAUGUUUUCUACAAUGGUGAAAACAGUCCUGUUCACAAAGAAAAACAAGAAGCAGCGAAGAAAAAACAAGAAAGGAAAAAAAGAGCAAAGGAGACCCUGGAAAAAAAGAAGCUACUGAAAGAACUGUGGGAGUCAAGUAAAAAGGUCCACUGAGAAAAGAAUUACAGAUUCCAACUGACAGAAUCCGCCAGAAGCUCCCAGGGAAUAAUGGCGGUGAGUUCCAUCACCAGCAUUAUUACAGUGCUUCAAAAGAAAUAUUUUUGAUGAACUUAAAAGACAACAAAGUUAUUUAAAUGGUGCACUAAACUAUAGUGAACAGAGACAUGCACGACUCAAGAAUAAAACUCGGUGGGCACGGUGGACAGUGCCUCACACCUGUAAUCCCAGCACUUUGGGAGGCCAAGGCGGGCAGAUCACCUGAGGUCAGCAGUUUGAGAACAGCCUGGCCAACAUGGUGAAACCCCGUCUCUACUAAAAAUACAAAAACUUAGCCAGGCAUGGUGGUGGGUGCCUGUAAUCCCAGCUACUUGGGAGACUGAGGCAGGAGAAUUGCUUGAACCUGGGAGGCGGAGGUUGCAGUGAGCUGAGAUUGCGCCACUGCACUCCAGCCUGGGCAACACCUGGGUGACAGAGCAAGACUCCGUCUCAGAAAAAGUAAAUAAAUAAAACUAGGUUGAGCACAAUGACACACGCCUAUAAUCCCAGCACUUUGGGAGGCUAAGGCAGGAAGAUCACCUGAGCCCAGGAGCUCAAGAUUGCACUGAGCUAUGAACACCACUGCACUCCACCUGUCCACUUGUUCUUGUGUGACAGAAGACCCUGUCUCUUAAAAAAUAAGAUAAAACGAUAAACACAGAGUCAGUACUCUACAAGGAUAAUGGCUACUUCUAGAGGGAAGAAAGGAGUUGUCACUGUGAUGAGGCACUUGGAGGGGCUCUGGGGUGCCUGACAAAGUUCUAUUUCUUCACCUGGGUGGUAGUUAGAAGGGUGUACCCCUAUUUCAAGUUGUACCUUUGUGUGAUUGUAUCUGUUUUGUAAUAAUAAAUUUUUUUUUAAAUUAGUAAAGUCAGUUUUUAUGGAGAACUGGAGAAUUGAGUCAAACAUUAAUAGCAUUUGGUGGCAACUUCUCAUCUGCUGGGAAGCUGCUGCCCAGUGACACUUAAACAUCAGUUAUCCCGAUGUCAGCUCAAGACAGUAAAAGAGAAAACAAGGGCCGGGCGCAGUGGCUCAUGCCUGUAAUCCCAGCACUUUGGGAGGCCGAGGCGGGGUGGAUCACGAGGUCAGGAGUUCGAGACCAGCCUGACCAACAUGGUGAAACCCUGUCUCUACUAAAAGUACAAAAAUUAGCCAGGCAUGGUGGCACGUGCCUGUAAUCCCAGCUACUCGGGAGGCUGAGGCAGGAGAAUUGCUUGAAUCCGGGAGGCGGAGGUUGCAGUGAGCUGAGAUUGUGCCACUGCACUCCAGCGUGAGUGACAGAGCAAGAUUCUUGUCUCAAAAAAAAAAAAAACAAGAUGGUUGGAAGAGUUAAAGGCUCCGUUCCUUGUCCAUGUGCUCCAUUAGCUUCUAGGCUGCAUGAUGCCCAGUUGUG